ACAUUUGUUGUUGCUCCUAUCAACUUCUUCUCCUCCUUGGAUUGUUGUUCAUCAAACUUUUCUUUCGUGAUCUCUCUCUGCGACAAUGGAAAUGGAACGCGUUAUCGAAUUUCCUCAUACUCACAUGGACAGGCGGCCAAGAAAGAGGCAGCGUUUGGGUUGGGACGUUCCUCUGCUUCCCAAGGCUCAGCUAGGGAUGUUGUGUGGCCAAGAGGUUGGGAAUGUGACAAGCCUUGCAUCUUCAACUGCACCCUCAGACCAUUCUACUAGUUCUCUUUUUGUAAAAGGAGUGGCUCGAAAUGGUUCCCCUCCAUGGCGAGAUGAUGACAAAGAUGGACAUUACAUGUUUGCGGUUGGAGAAAAUUUAACUUCUCGCUAUAAAAUCCACAGCAAGAUGGGUGAAGGCACGUUUGGCCAGGUUCUUGAAUGCUGGGACAGAGAAAGGAAGGAAAUGGUUGCCAUCAAAAUAGUCCGUGGUAUCAAGAAGUAUCGUGAAGCUGCAAUGAUAGAAAUUGAAGUUUUACAGCAGCUUGGAAAACAUGACAAAGGUGGCAAUCGUUGUGUGCAAAUACGGAACUGGUUUGACUAUCGUAAUCAUAUCUGUAUUGUUUUUGAGAAGCUUGGACCAAGCUUAUACGAUUUUCUACGGAAAAACAAUUAUCGCUCAUUUCCCAUUGACCUUGUCCGUGAGAUUGGCAGACAACUAUUGGAAUGUGUAGCAUUUAUGCAUGAUUUACACCUCAUACACACCGAUUUGAAGCCUGAGAACAUUCUCCUAGUGUCUCCCGAGUACAUUAAGGUUCCAGAGUACAAGGUUUCAUCGCGAUCUCCCAAGGAUGGUUCCUAUUUUAAGAGAGUGCCAAAAUCAAGUGCUAUUAAGGUUAUUGAUUUUGGGAGCACUACUUAUGAACGUCAAGAUCAGAACUACAUUGUGUCAACACGCCAUUAUCGUGCUCCAGAGGUUAUUCUUGGACUUGGAUGGAGUUAUCCGUGUGAUAUAUGGAGCAUUGGGUGCAUCUUAGUGGAGUUGUGCUCGGGAGAAGCAUUGUUUCAAACUCAUGAGAACUUGGAGCAUCUUGCAAUGAUGGAGCGGGUACUGGGUUCACUGCCACAGCAUAUGUUGAAGAGAAUAGAUCGACAUGCAGAGAAGUAUGUUAGAAGGGGUAGAUUGGAUUGGCCGGAGGGUGCAGCGUCAAGAGAGAGUAUCAAAGCUGUCCUGAAGUUGCCCCGCCUCCAGAACCUAAUAAUGCAGCACGUAGACCAUUCAGCAGGAGACGUGAUACAUCUAUUGCAGGGACUCCUUAGAUAUGAUCCUGCGGACAGGCUGACAGCUCGGGAGGCCUUGAGGCAUCCUCUCUUCAACAGGGACGGCCUCAGGAGGUAAGCAAGUGAAGAGAAAAAUGUGAUUGAAUAUGAAGAAGCCUUUCUUUCUGAACUGGCAUAACUGCGAAGAGUAGAGCCACAGAUCAGAACAAUUUAUUUGAAUGGAGUAUCCCCUGGGCUCCUGAGGUUGCUGCCUGGUAAAUGUGAAUGUGAAUGUGAAUGGUAUGAUGGGUUAGAUGGUGGACUCGUGUGUGUAGAUAUAUGCCUUCCCACCAGUUUUGUCUAAAUUAGCCCCCAAUUUAUUUCAAGACUAGUGGGGGAGGGGGGGGUGUCACACUUAGAAAUUGUACAAUAUUGUUUUGCCCUAAAUAAUAAUAAUAAUAAUAAUAAUAAUUGUUGAAUUUGUUUGCA